AUGUUGCUCUUGAAGCACCCAAAAACCAAACAAAGCCUGGAAAUCAAUGAGUUCUGGCUCCGUGAUCACUGUCGCUGUGGGGAGUGCCUAAAUUUGGAUACAAAUCAAAGGCGUUACGAUCUCUUGGACCUGCCAGAUAAUGUAAUAUCGACAGAGGUUAAGUACGAGGGCUUACAACUAAAUGUGCUGUGGAGUGACGGUCAUAGGUCCACCUAUGACCUGGACUUUAUCUUUGAUUCCCAGCUGGAUCAGUUGAUAAGCCGGCGAUCAAAGUCCACCAAUCUGACGCCCUGGAAUCGUUGUAUUAUUUUGCAGAAUGAAAGCCACUUGAGAUUCUCUCUGCCUCAGCUCUAUUCCAGUGAUGAAGUACUCAAAUCUUUGGUUCAAUCUCUGGUUCGCUAUGGCAUUGUUUUCAUCGAUGAUGUGGCUCCUACUCCAAGUAUGACCGAGUCGGCAUUGCGACGAGUUUUCCCCUUAAUGAAAAUUUUUGGUGAAAUGUGGACUUUUAGUGAUAAGCCCGAUCACGCGGAUACCGCUUACACCAAACUCUAUUUGGGUUCACAUACGGAUAAUACGUAUUUCUGCGAUGCAGCUGGACUACAGGCCCUACAUUGCAUCGAACACUCGGGUUCCGGUGGUGAAAAUUUCUUUGUGGAUGGUCUGCAUGUGGUGCACGAACUGAAAAGUCGCUUUCCCGCCGCCUAUGAUGUGCUGUGCAAGGUGCAGGUUCCUGGAGAGUAUGUGGAAAAGGGGGAGCACCAUCGCCACACCGCCCCCAUUAUCCAGCUGGACCCCCUGACUCAGGAGUUCGUCCAACUCAGGCUCAAUGUCUACGAUCGGGCUGUGUUCGAUACAAUUCCUCAAUCGGAGAUGCCCGAUUUCUAUAAAAGUCUGCGGCAGCUGUUGCAGAUUGUUAAAGAUGAAGAGCAGCAGUGGAGUCUGAAGCUUCUUCCCGGCAGCAUUGUGCUCUUCGAUAACUGGCGGGUGCUCCAUGGAAGACAGGCCUAUACAGGAAGUCGCACCAUGUCCGGUGCUUACGUGCAGCGAACGGAUUUCCUGAGCAAGGCUCGAGUCUUGGGAAUUAUUGAAUAAGCGUUUCGAAUAAUAAAGAAGAUUUUAUAAAAAUAAAAAUAGAGAUACAUUUUGUUUAUCUAUAAGCUCCUCUUAAUAUUUUCUAUACCAAAAUAUGGAAAACAAAUCAAUCAAUGUUCAGUCUUAAAACUCUUGGGAAACCUUUUCAUUUGUUUAUCCAUAGUUCCUUAAAGAUUAAGCUAUUUUAAGCUGAAUAGCUUUUCAAAUUUAUUACAUUUUAUGAGGCGAGACUUUUUCAUAAAAAUAAGCACAUACAAAGAAUUAAUAAAUAAAAUUUUUUGUUUAAAUCUAAAGAGCAAUGCUCUGAGUCGCAACAUCUACCAAGUAUUUUAUAUUGUUCAAACAUAUUUUUCUCUGUCAGAACUGAGCUCUUCCCCAAUUCAAUUUCGAUUGCAA